AUUACAAAUGUUUCGAGUUAAAUAGUUAAAAUAUAUGAACUCAAAGAAAUUGAAAUUUUAUUUUAUUAUUUGGAAACGAUUUUUACACAUCAAAUUUCGCGUAAUUCAAUGAACAUUUCUAGGUAAACAUCAUGAAAAAUAUGGAAUUUAUCAUCAUUUUAAGGUAAAAAAAUACAAAAGGAAAGUUAAAUCUUUAAAGUAAUCAUCAAAAAACCGUACGAUGUCUUUUUUAACUACUACAUAUUCUAUCAAUUUCUACGACAGGACGAAAGGUUCUAAGUAUAAAUAUUGUGGAAGAGAUAACAAAAUUAUAGCAUUCGGAUAUCAUUAAUUUAAUCUAUGGAUGACAAGUUUUGUUCUAAUAUCAAAAUGACUUCGGUGAAUAUGAUAGUAUUUAUUUUACUAACGUUAUCCGCGAGUAGUUUGCAAAGGCCUACUUUUUUUAAAAAUACUUUCAAAGGAUUGCGAGGAAUUUCAACGAAUAUAAAUUUGUUAAAACACAUAAGAGCGGUUUAUUAUCACGAGCAAACCGUUGCUAUCGUCGAUCUCGGAUUUAACAACGAAUUACACGAUUGCAAUAUCGUUGAAGUAUAUGAACCAGAAGAAGCUAUCGAAGUACUUAGAAAUUUAUCACUAACUGUAAAUCCACAAAGAGUAUCAUUUAUGCAAAUAAUGAAGCUUCUACAACAAUGUGAAACUUUGGAUGGCCUACAAACUCAAGAUUUAUUAGAUACUUCGGAAGAUACACAAGAUGGAAAAAAUUAUUCUCGAAUAAGUCCGUUUACUUUGUUUUCAGGAAUAUUACCAGGAACAAAAUGGUGUGGAGCUGGAGACAUAGCUGAUAAUUAUCAUGAUUUGGGACGAGAAGCAAAUAUUGAUAGAUGCUGUCGCAAUCAUGAUUUGUGCCCUGUAAAAGUAAGAGCUCGUACAUCACGCUUCAACUUAAACAAUAAUUCUUUGUACACUAAAUCGCACUGUACUUGUGACGAAUUAUUUUACAACUGUUUAAAAAAUACUAAAAAUUCAAUAGCCGAUCUUAUAGGCAACAUAUAUUUUAAUAUUAUAAGAGUGCCAUGCAUAGAGGAUAUUUCAAGUCGAUGGAAUCAAGAAUCUGAAAAGCAAUUUAUUUCUGUGAAAAUGAAGUAUUAGUCUUCUUUGACAGAUUAUUUUUUAAACUGUACAAUUUUUCUAUUUUAAAUCUGACAUAAUUAAAUAUUAAA